UUGACGUCUACACUCGUUUAAUUAUUACCUAUGGAAUUUAAUGCUGAAUAGACGCCUAUGUGAUUAUAGGUUAAGUCUGAAAUUGUUUUUUUUUUCUUUAAUUACAAUGAAUUAACAGUCAUUUUAUGCUGAUAAGUUGUUUAUGUCUUAUCUUUAAAUGCUUGUAGCUCGUGCUAUAUCUACGCAAGAUUGUAAGUAGAGUUCAUUUUAAUACAAAUAGUGGCUACGUGUUUCAUACUCGGCGUUGUUUACAAAACUGUUGACAUUGUAUUCUGUGUAAUAUUGUGUAUAGUGUAUGUACUUAUAUGAAUUACACGACCUAUUUGCGUCGUUGGUGUUGAUAAAGUUUUUAGUUCCAAUUCCGGAGAGACACAGAACGCUAGCUUGCUUUGUUUACAAAACGGUGUUGGCUUUUAUACUUAAAAAAUGGACGGCAAAGUGAGCAGUAACGCUGUACCGGUUGCUAAUGUUCCAAAUUCAGAUCGUAUUUCACGUUUAAAUAAACAAUUUUUUGUGGAGUUCAAGUGCAACCCAUCUUUUUAUGUCAAAGUGCCAGGCCGGGUGAAUAUAAUCGGAGAACAUAUUGAUUACUGCGGCUACCCAGUGUUGCCAAUGGCAUUGGAACAGGAUAUUCUAAUCGCUGCUCGAGUAUUAAAUGAGCCUAAAAUACAUAUACAAAAUAUUGAUACGAAAUACGGUAAAUACGAUUUACCGAUCACUAAUAAUUUUGGAGAAUUAGAAAUUAAACCAGAUACGAAUGGAAAACCUUUUUGGUAUAAUUAUGUACUUUGCGGUAUAAAAGGCGCAUUGGAGUUUUUCAAUAAAGAAAAGAUCAAUGGAGUACAAUUUCUAAUUGACGGCAAUAUACCUCCAGCUUCUGGACUUUCAAGUUCUUCAGCCUUAGUGAGUGCUGCGUGUCUUGCAUUUAUGUAUGCACAAAAUGAAAUACCAAAUAAAACUGAAAUAGCUUCAUUAUGUGCCAAAAGCGAAAGAUAUGUGGGUACCCAAGGAGGAGGAAUGGAUCAAGCCAUUGCUUUUCUUGCAGAAAAAUAUAGCGCAAAAUACAUAACAUUUAAGCCAUUGAAUGCAUUGCCAGUUGCAUUGCCAGAAGAUGCUGUUUUUGUAGUUGCACACAGUCUUGCUGAAAUGAAUAAAGCCGCAACUAAUGACUUCAAUAGACGAGUAAUAGAAUGUAGACUAGCUGCUAAGAUAAUUGGUGUUCUUGAAGGAAUAUCUCUUGAUAACAAAAUUGUCACUCUAAGUGAAGUACAAAUUAAUCUCUCAAAAUCAUUGGAAGAAAUGAUACUCCUCGUGAAAAAGCAUUUACCAAAUGAAAUUUACACCAAACAGGAUAUUUGCAAAAUUUUGCGCAUUAAUGAACAGGACAUGGACAAUUUGUAUUUAACUCCCAAUACAAAAACUUUACAGGAAUUUAAAUUGAAGCAAAGAGCUCUCCAUGUAUAUGAAGAAGCAAAGAGAGUAGAAGACUUCCGUAAUGCAUGCAGUCAAUGUAGAGAAAAUGAAAAUGGUUUUGUAAAUACCUCUAAUGGAGAUGUUACUCAAAACGGUAAAAAUUCAAAUAAAACUCUUAAUAUACUCGGCCAAUUAAUGUCUGCAAGUCAUGAAAGUCUGAAAACCCUCUACGAAUGUUCUCAUGACAAUUUAGAUCGUAUUGUAGAUAUAUCUAAAGAAUUAGACGUGCAUUGCCGUCUUACUGGAGCUGGCUGGGGUGGAUGUAUUGUAGCUUUGUGUCCAAAAGAUAAAGCCGAAAAAUAUAUUGAUACGCUAAUUGAAAAGUUUUAUGUAGAUUAUUGUCAACUAAAUAGGAGCAAAGCAAAGCAAUAUAUUUUUGUUACUACACCUAAUCACGGUGCAAUGAUUUAUACAAAUUAACAUGAUACUAUCACAGACAAGAGAAUAUAACAUAGUCAUAGCAAAAGAACUGUUAAAAUAAAUUGUAUUAUUUAAGUAACAUUUUUUGUAAAUU